AUGGCCCCGAAACUCGAUCCCAAUGAAAUUAAAAUCAUCUACCUGAGGGCAACAGGUGGUGAAGUCGGGGCUUCAUCUGCUCUUGCUCCCAAAAUUGGUCCUCUGGGUUUGUCCCCCAAGAAGGUUGGUGAAGAUAUCGCCAAAGCUACCUCGCAAUGGAAGGGUCUCCGGGUUACUGUCCAAUUGACGAUACAGAACCGUCAAGCCGCGGUCUCAGUCGUCCCAUCUGCCUCUUCCCUCGUCAUCCGUGCGCUCAAGGAGCCCCCACGCGAUCGCAAGAAGGAGAAGAACAUCAAGCACACCGGCAACAUUCCCCUUGACGAAAUCUACGACAUUGCUCGAACAAUGAAGUCAAAAUCCCUCGCGAAGGAACUCUCGGGCUGCGUGAAGGAGAUUUUGGGAACCGCUCAGAGCGUCGGCUGCACAGUAGACGGCAAGCCACCUCACGAUGUUAUCGAUGCCAUCAACUCUGGGGAGCUCGAGGUCCCAGCCGAGUAG